CCUCAACUUGUGGCAUUGCUAUGACAACUGCACAUUUUAGUGGCUUUUUAUUGUCCCCCAGCACAAGGUGCACCUGUGUAAUAACCAUGUCUAAUCGGCUUCUUGAUAUGCCACACCUGUCAGGUGGAUGAAUUAUCUUGGAAAAGGAUAAAUCCUCACUAACAGGGAUUUAAACAAAUUUGUGCACAAAAUUAGAGAGAAGUAAGCUUUUCCCAAAAUUUGAGAGAAAUAAGCUUUUUGUGUGGAUGAAAGAUUUCUGGGAUUUUUUAAAUUUCAGCUCAUGAAACCAACACUUACAGGUUGCCUUUAUAUUUUUGUUCAGUCCAGAUGUGGUUCUGCCUAGCCCUAGGUCAUGACUCUUAGUUCCAUUACACAUUAUACUCGGUCUGAACAUUAACAUGCAUCACAUUCGGUUAGGUUUUGGAAGCAUAUGGACCUCAUUUUUCAUAUCGGCAAAAAAUACUUUUCAGAAAAUAAGGGGUUAUAUUUAUACACACCUUGAUAGGGUUAGUGCUCCCACACCGCCAUAUCUCAAUGUUACAACACUUGUUUAGGGAAAACAGACUGAAGACAAAAUUAGCAAUCUAGCAUGCUCCGAACACCUGUGUGUAAACAUAACUUGACAUGUAGUUUGGUAGAAUGGAAGCACCCAUAGCUGUAUGGAACUGUGCAAAACUUCUACAUUAAGUAUCUUCUUUAUCUGAAGGAUUUUUUUCUCGUUGAUGAGAGAUAAGGGCCAUAUCACAAGCGAUGAUUUGACGUUUCCAGAUGUUGAAACACAGCAUCGGGGCUGUAGGGAGUUUGAGUGCUAUGGUUCUGCUUAUGUCACACAUGCAUAAGUAGCAGUCUUUGCUGUUCUGUAGUGUGAACUACUUGGUUAUCAGCCAUAGAACCAUGGGUAUGAAUAUCAAAUUGUUUGAGAGAAUAAGUUUCAACUAACCUGGCAUUGGCGACACUCCUAAUUCUCGAUUCAGCCAAACAUAUCUUCUAAAAUGUCCAGUUUCAGGUGGUGCGUUUUGAAUUUCUAAAAUUCUCCAUUGUUAAAAUGAAUUAAUGUUUUUCUCCAUGAAGUAAUCCAACAAUGUGUACGGCGCCAUCUUGUCUAUUUCAAAUCUUCUCUCACUGAUCGAGACAGUGUCAUUGUGACAUGCAACACUUUGGGGUGGACCCAUCUAUCUCAAUCAAUACCAGGCAAUAGCAUACAGCAGAUACUACCACUGUGAGAGAAGAGUGGUGGGAGUAGGACGACGUUGGGAUGCUUGCGUGUCUGUGUGGUGCAGACCAGACAUACAGUGAAGAGGAGUGGCAGCAAUGUUGCCUGGUGUUGGUGUGUUUGGCACAGGGAGUACGGCACGGAUGCUAGUUCCAUUGCUGCGGGGGGAAGGGUUUGAGGUACGUGCGCUCUGGGGGAGAAGCGAGGAGGAGGCAAGAUCCCUGGCGCAGGAGCUGGGCAUUCCGUUUCACACCAGCCAAUCAGAUGAUGUCUUAUUGCACCCUGAUGUUGACCUGGUCUGCAUCUACAUCUCACCCCCACUCACACGGCAGAUUGCCGUCAAAGCCCUGGGGAUAGGUAAGAAUGUGGUAUGUGAGAAGGCUGCUACCGCUGUGGACGCGUUCAAGAUGGUGACUGCGGCGCGGUACUACCCCCAGUUGUUGAGCAUUGUGGGUAAUGCUCUGCGCUUCCUCCCGGCAUUCAUAGCAAUGCGGCAGCUGCUGGCAGAGGGAUACGUGGGUGAGCUGCAGGUGUGUGACGCCCGCGUCUAUGGCCCCAGUCUGCUCGAUCAAUCAUACGGCUGGACCUGCGAGGAGCUGAUGGGGGGUGGCGGACUCCACACAGUUGGCUCUACCCUCGUGGACCUGCUGAGUCACCUGAUGGGAGCACGGGCGAUACGGGUGCAUGGCCUACUCAGGACGUUUGUGCGGCAGAAUGGAGCGAUCCGCGGAAUUCGCCGAGUCACCAGUGAUGACUUCUGUUUCUUCCAGAUGCUGAUGGGAGGUUCUGGACCUGGGACUGGGUCAGGAGUGUGCUGCACUGUGACUCUGAACUUCAACAUGCCGGGGGCCUUUGUCCACGAGGUGAUGGUUGUUGGGUCAGCAGGGAGGCUGAUUGCCAGGGGGACAGAGCUGUAUGGGCAGCGAAAUGGAGGGAACGGGGAGGAGCUGUUGCUAGGGGACAGCGAAGGGACAGGACAAGAGGUCAAGGAUGUCCCCCUGCCACACCUGCGGGGGCUAGGUUCCAUGGUUAAGGCUCUAAAAGAUGCUUUCCAGGCACAGGAAGAGCGUCGGUCGUGGGCGCGGGGGCCAGUUGCCAUGGCGUCGACGUUUGAGGAUGGGCUGUAUGUGCAGACGGUGGUGGAGGCGGUGAAACGGUCAAGCCGCAGUGGAGAGUGGGAAAGUGUGGAGGUCAUGACACAGGAACCAGAUCCCAACCAAAACCUCUGUGAGGCGCUGCAGAGAAACAAGAACUGAGUACUCGUUUAUAUACACACAUACUAAUAUAAAUGACCUUCAGACAGCCUCUAUGGCCUGUCCUGAGGAGACUGUCCCCUAUCAACUACUACCCUGUGUCUGGUGACCUCUUCCGUGCAUAAGGGCCACACUCAAAGCCACAGCAUCCUGUUCUGCAAGCAGCCACAGCCAGGCAGACUGGUGGGCACACCUUCUACUUGAUGUCAACUCUUCUCAGCAGAGUUUUUGUGUGUGCAUGCCUGUGUUUUUUUUAAACAUUUUCCAGCCAAUCCGACCCUAGUUCACCUUACCCACACACAUUCCUGUCUAAUCAGUGAACACCUUGUAGGAGGAAGUGUUAAGUAUUCACACUAGUUUCUCACUGUGCCUCACUACUUCUGCUGAUGUAAGAAAUGUUUGGAGUUGUUUACAUACAUGUCACAGAUGAAAUGUAGGAUUAUCUCUUAUACAUGUGUACUAUACACAAACUGUUACUUUUAAGAGUAACUUACUAACUCAAGAAUUUCAUAACAAAUCUAACUUUACAACUUCUCGUAGAGUUUACAAGAAGAUGCGUAUCAUCAGACUGCCAUCACAGCAGAGUUACUCAUAUGCAACCGCCCUUGACUUUCAGUUAUUUGAUGUAUAUUUUAUUAUAUUGCUUGUUGAUACCAUAUUCUAUAUCAGCAUCUCCUGCACUGCUAAAAUGCUACUACAACCUCUGCUGUGUACAAGCCUGUGAAUAGAAUGUGUCUUGACUAUAUGGUGGAAAGACUACUGUAUUUAUUUAUUUUUUACUUUUGUGUUUUACUAAGAAAAGGCUGUAUGCUUUUUAUUUAAGUAAUGUGUUCAGGAAGUGGAAAUGUGUCUAAUAAGCUAUACGUUUGUUAAUGAAUAUUUAUAUUUUGUGUUUUUAAGUUAUCAUUUCAGUUUUACUUGGUGUUAUCACUGUUACACACAAAUACCUGUGAUUUUGUUUUCAGUGGGGGGGACAGCGGCUGUGAAAACAUACUGUGCUCUCGUGUUACUUCCCAAGUUAAUAAAUAUCUCAGUCUUA